UCCAAGAUGCAGUAUUGAGAAAAGUGCGUCGGUGAAUGGAUUGCAUUUAACCCAGCGCAGCAUGAACACCCUGAAGGCACCGUCGCUGCACUCGCUGCUGGAUUCGGAUCAUGGAUCGAACGACAGCUUGCUGGCGGAAUCGCUCCAGCUCGACAUCGAAGAGCUGGAUGAUGAAGAGUACGCCAUUCCGGCCAUUGACACGCUGCCAACAUUGGAAAGCGUACUGAGCGAAAUCGACAGCGAUCUAGACAGUGUUUCGGCGCUCGGUGUGCGACACACGAACGGCAACGAAACUGGAACCCAAACGUCCCUCGCGGACGAUGAUCUAAUCCGGGGCGGAACCACUCCAACCCCUUCGCUGGAGGAACAGAUGAAACUUGAGUCAAUUCUGCGGCAUGUCGUGCUGCACGGUGUAACGGCACAGCUGACCUCGGCCGUCGAUCGUGUAGAUGCUGGGCUGGCUACUUCAUGUGCCGUUUCGAUGAUGAUCGCCGUCGGUACGUCGCACGGUCACAUACUGGCGUUUGAUUGUACGCAAACGCUCAAAUGGUGCUGCCAGGAGGGAACUGCACAGGGAGCCGUCUCGGCGAUGGCUUUCAAUGAGGACAGUACCCGACUGUUGGCAGGAUUCGCUCGCGGCACGAUUCUCAUGAUUGACACACAAACGGGGGACGUUAUAAGGACGCUGAAUGAAGUCAUCACACCGAAUACGGGUGUGCUGCAUCUGAAAUGGACAAACAGACCGGCGUUAGCGUUGUGUUCCGAUUCGGGUGGUUCUGUGUGGAGUUUGAAUUUUACCCGUCGGCUCGGCAUUCGGGGCUGCGAUUCGCGGUGUCUGUUUAGUGGCGCACGCGGGGAAGUGUGUACCGUGGAGCCGUUACUGAUCGGCGACGAAGAUCAUCCACUGAAAACGUACACCAUCGUGGCACUGGCAACGCUGAGCAAGUUCUUCGUCGUGUUGAUACGGCCACGAUUGAAAGUGAUCAAGUUUCAUCCGAUGGCAGGAUAUCCCGACUGUUUGCCACUGCUUGCCUGGCAGAUGGUACUGAUACAAGCAGCCGAUUCAACGAGAAGCAUCGAUCCGGUACUGGCUGCAGCGCGUGGAAGCGAUCUGUUCUUCCAUCAAAUUAUCUACAACAGUGGACGCAUCUCGCUGCUCUUCCUGCGACACAUACAGCUGUCGUACAAUUUGCUGGCCAUUCACUGGCUGGGGCCGAAGUCGAUCGCCUGCCUGGAUACGAAGGAAAUUCUUCAUCUUUCGGACGUGCGGACGACCCGUGAGCUGGAAGUGAUUGAUCUUUCGAACGUUGGACUCAUGUACAAUUCGGCACAGUUUAAGGGACUGGCCACGGGUGGCAAUGUGUCGCCAGCGCUGGCCCUAGCAGGUGCGGCCGCUUGCUACAGCACAGUGGUUUCACAGGGCAAUCAGCUGUACUUGCUAGGAGGCAAAAGUCUGCACGGAAUAAGUGCCCGUGCCUGGAGCGAUCGCAUAUCCUAUCUUACCUCGAUGCAACGGUGGGAUGAAGCGAUCGAGCUAGCGAUCGAAGGAUAUAGAGCGGCGGCCGGUCGCCAUCGGAGGCUUGUAUCAUCGAAGGAACGAAUUUUGCGCAUGUAUGAAGAAUAUUUGAGCGUUACCAAGAAAACGCCAGAACUGUGCCUGGAAGCAAUAGUGGCGUGUUUGAUCGAAAUUCAGGAAAAACAACUGCUCUGGGAAGAAUUGUACGAUAGACUUCCUUCCACGGAUCGUUACCUGCAGAUCAUAGCGAAGCACAUAGAAUCCGAUCAUCUCGAUAGCGUUGCACCGAGUGUAGCGCAAGUCAUGUGUGACUACUUCUGGAAGAAGGGCGAAACAGCUCGGUUGGAAAACUUGAUCCUUAAGCUCAACUGGCAAUGUCUCGAUCUUCACCAAGUGCUCACAAUUUGUCGCAAAGAACGACUCUACCGAGCACAGAUGUAUUUGAACACGAAAGCGCUCGGCGAUUAUACCAUUUCACUGACCGAUCUUAUACCGGAGAUAGAGCUAGCGACGGACGAUCUACAUCUCGGCAACUGUAUCCUGGUGUACAUUUCGAGCUGUCUCGCAGGCCGUGGCUAUCCAAGCGGAGAGAUUGCUCCGGAAACCGUUCCCACCGUGAAACACGAAGUGUUACGCUGUCUGACCGUGAUCCACUCGAAGAACGCCCCAGAAAAUGAGCUUUCCUACCCUUAUUUGCGUAAACUGCUUCAGUUCGACACACGCGAAACACUGAACGUCAUAUCACUCGCCUUCCAGGAGAAGGAAUUUAACGGCGAACUUGGACUGUCGCAGCGUCAGCGUAUCAUAAACAUUUUGCUGGAAAUUUUAACACCGGACCACGCCACCUGGUCACAGAUUGGAGCGCUGCUAAACUUUAUUGCCCAGCAAAUUGCCUCCCGCGAGCUGCCGGAAAAUGAGCUGCUGUUGGAGAAGGUUGUCACGUACCUAACGGCCCCGACGGAUGUUCCACUGUCCCGGCGGGAACACUUUGAGCGUGAACAAACGUGGCUCGAGCUGCUGUGCUCGAACUGUCUCGAUCACAUACCGACGGAACGGUUGCUUGAAAUUGCGCGCCAAAACCGGUGCUAUCACGUGGCCGAACAUUUGCUGGAGCGAUUGGGCAAAUAUGAGGAAAUUUUCGAUUGCUAUCUGCUAGACGAGUUCCGACGCAUGCAACUGUUUUCGUACAUUGCACAGCACGCAACUGAUACGCGGCGUCAGAUCUAUCCGCUGGUGGUAAAGAACCUGUACGAAAUAGUGGACCUUAACUGUGAGCAAGCGGUUCGUGUGCUUGUCGAUAGCUUCAUGCGCUAUCUGAGCCAUUUCUUGCAGUUGCUUGAGCAAGCAGGUGUUCCGGAGCGAUUGUUUCGAUUUCUAGAAACUUUACUCAAGCAAUCGGUACAGCUAGAAACGACGGAUCUGGAGCGAUAUCUGGAACUGCUGUGUCAGUACCGUCCGGAGGAGGUAAUCGAUUUUCUCAAAUCGAACGAUUCAUACCGAUUGGAUAAUGCCGUCCGAACGAUCAAGCGCUUUGAGCUGAGCGGUCCCUUGAUCUACCUCUACGAGAAGCAGGGCGACUAUCAAUCCGCUUAUAACGUGGCCGUCGAAACACUCAAGGAAGCGCCAGAAAGCUCGGCGGAAAUGUGUGCACUACAGGUCAGCGCACUCUGUACCCGUGCCUCGUCCGUGCUGACGGAGUGCGACCGGGAACAGCUGUGGUUUUCGCUGCUACAUAUCGUACUUGCCCGCAACGAUCUCACCUCGAUCACGAAAAACGUUCUUCAUUCGGCGAGCGAAUUCGUCGACCUGUCGAAGCUGGUGCAGUUGGUGCUAACGUCCGGCACCAGCACGGGUAACUUUGGCGAUAUUAAACAUCUGCUGAUCGGGAUGCUGUCAAAUUCGGCGUACGAAACGCUUCUGCUGCAAACGACGUCACGCAUAUUGGGUCAGGAUUUGCACGCUAUGUUGGCCCGCGAACACAGAAUCGCGAUGCGCGGGCUGGCAGUGAAGUCGAUCAAAUGUAUCGUGUGUCGUUCACGGCUUUACAACACCGAACGGCAACCGGUGGUCGUGAUGGGUGACUGUGGCCAUGCUAUGCAUCAGCAGUGUGCGGCCAACUUUUGUACCGUGCCGGUUGACUCACCUUCGGAGGCUCGUGUAGAAGGAGCCGGAGGGGAAACGACGAAAAGCGAUUCAACGUCCAAAAUGAAGCGACUCAAAUGUCCACGCUGCGAUGCGGUGGUAGAGGAAGAAUGUUCCAUCCGAACGCCGGAAUGCUACGCGCAGAGUGUUUCUUACGCCGAUUCGGGCACUGACAAAGGUCCGAGUACGCUGAAGCUGAGCGCUCCUCCACGAGUGGGUUGA